GUAAGGACAAAAUAUUAAAAAAAUAAUAUGAAAAAUUAAAAAGGGGGCCCUACGGCAAUCUUUAAAACCACCCUUCCUACCAGCUGAUUUCUCAGUCCCUUAUCCGUAUCAAACCAAUUCCCAGCCAAGCCAUAGCUUCCUUCACCCUCUCUUCUUCCACCAUUUGUCUUUUUUCCUUUCUCUCUCCCUCCUCUCUGCUGCCAGCUUACUCCCCUCAUCCUCAUCCCCGCAUUCCUUCCUCCUCUCCUUUUUAACUUUGGGGAGAUUCUUCACUUCUUCCUCUCGGAACCCUCGACUGGUCGCUGCUCUCUAAACCCUUUUCCCCCACAUCUCUCCUGAUUCAAUCGAGGGUUCCCUUUCCAAGAAGUUAGAGCUACUUCGUUGUAUGCUCUAAUGGCUUUGUGGUCUAUACUGCUCGACAUUCUCCAGAGGCCCAACCCUUUUGCUGUCAUGGCCGAGCUCUCCAUGCUGGUAGCUCCUCUCUGGAUUGCGGUUCUUGUUGGCGUUCUCGUUGGAUGGUCAUGGCGGCCCAAGUGGGCAGUUUUGGCUAAUCAAUCCGAUACUGCUCCAGUGUCCUCGAGCUUCAAGCUUCAGCUGCCCAGCUGUAUCUCCUGGAUUUCCAGUGACGAUUCUUCCAGUCAACCUCCCCCACCUACUACCCUCGCUUCCGAUUCAAGCUCCUCGCAGCUGGGAAAGGGGAAAACGAGUAUUGUGUCAACGGAUGAUUUGCAGUACUUGUGUAAGCUUGUUGAAGUCAAAGAUGGCGGCCCUGCUUGGAUUCAGAUGAUGGACCGUUCUACGCCUACCAUGAGCUACCAAGCUUGGAGGAGAGAUCCUGAGAGUGGCCCUCCCCAAUACCGUAGCAGAACUGUUUACGAGGAUGCUACUCCUGAAAUGUUGAGGGAUUUCUUUUGGGAUGAUGAAUUCAGAAAGAAGUGGGAUGACAUGCUCAUACAUUCUGAGACUCUGGAGGAGUGCCCAACUACUGGAACCAUGAUGGUCCAGUGGGUUCGGAAGUUUCCUUUCUUCUGUAGCGACAGAGAGUAUAUCAUUGGUCGCCGGAUUUGGGAAUCGGGCAGAACGUACUACUGUGUUACUAAGGGAGUUAGCAAUUCUGUUCCAAGGCGCAACAAACCACGCCGUGUUGAUUUGUACUAUUCUAGCUGGUGCAUCCGUGCAGCGGCAUCAAAGAGAGACGGACAGCUAACUGCAUGUGAGGUGCUACUGUUCCACUACGAGGACAUGGGAAUCCCGUGGGAGAUUGCAAAGCUUGGAGUGAGACAAGGUAUGUGGGGAGCUGUGAAGAAGAUUGAGCCCGGUUUAAGAUUGUAUCAGAAAGAGCGAGGAUCUGGGGCUCCACUCUCGCGUCAGGGUUACAUGGCUCAGAUCAACUCCAAAGUCAGUAUAGACUACCUGAGAACAUUGGAAAACAGCAGCAGCAGCAUUGGUACUUCAUCCGAAUCCGAGAUUGAAACCUCCAAAGGUUCUUCCGAGAAGGCGCAAGGAAGAGGGAGCAUACCCAAGGUUCUUGUAGUAGGUGGAGCUAUUGCUGUAGCAUGUUCACUCGACAGAGGGCUCCUCACAAAGGCACUCAUAUUUGGAGUAGCAAGAAGGUUUGCUAAUAUCGGGAAGAGAUUAUGAUAUGGAGAAAAUUUCUUUCAUUUUGCUUCAUUCAGUCAUGAGCUGUGGUGAAAUGAAGGGGGGAAAGGUGCAAUCCGGGACGGGAAUUUUGUCCUUGGACUGCCCACCCUAUUUGAAGAAGGGGAGAUGAUGAAGAUUUUAUUGUAUUCUUUUCCUUUUCAUUUUUGGUUCUGUCAUGCGUUCUGGGUUUGGAGCUGUUGCAGCUUUUCAGGAAGGAGUGGAUGAUGAUACAUAAUACGUAGUGGAUAGCUGUAUACAGUAGAGAAACAACAAAGGUCUUAACAAGUUGUGAUGAAGCAAAUGAAGAAAACCCUAGAGCUGCAUGCACAAAAUAACAAGAGAACAAUGACCAGUUCUUUUUUUCUUGGUGGAUUGCCGCUUCACUGAUCACUAUUGUUAUUGUUAACCUCUUUGAUGGGUUUGAUGUAACGGGAGGUGGACUGUCUACUUCAGAUUUCAGGCAUGCGUGCAUUCUUUCCAAUUGUGAUACAGCAGGAGCAGCAGAUAGCGAUCAAAGUUGUGGGAUUUGCCGGUGGUUGGAGGUGGAAAUUGGGAAUAUGUUUGGAGGGGUGGGAAAGGAGAGGUUUCUGUCUCUGUAAUUUUGGGUCACCUAAUAUAAUAAUGCAGGCCAUUCAUUGCUGUCUCUGAUUCUCUGUUUGCCUUGUCCUUUGAGUUUUGGUAGGCGUGGUUUGGCUCUUGUUCUGCGUUGACAAUAGGAGUGGCUAUACGGUCCGGUUCGGUUAAAUUGACUUGAAUUGAUCUGGUUUUUGUCCGGUCUUUUCGUGAAUAUAAGAACCAAAAAUUGGAUUGGAUACAGUCUGGUCUGAUCCGGGCCGGUCUCAAUUUGCUCUUGAUUUUAGAUUGAGCUAGUAGGGAUUUGAGCGGUCUGUGGUCUGAAGGGUGAAAAGGUUGAAUUUUGGUUGUUGGGUUCUCUUAUCCGGUUUUUAUCCGAUUUCCGCCAAUCUUGAAUGAUUUUUUUACAUCGAAUCUAAGUCCAAAAGUGGGAUUGGAUUGUUUGCUAUACGGUCCCGGUUCAAUUUCGAGUAAAACCAAAAAGCCCGAACCAAAUAACCACCCUAAUUACCAAGAGAGAGUGGAUGAGAAUCUAUUGGGAUGAACGGCUGAUGAUACCAUGUAAUUCAUGGCUACUAAUGCAAAAUAUAAUAAUGGAGAGCUGCAAAUUAGCGCAGAGACUACACGUUUUGCUGUGUCACUCACAAGUCACAACACAAGACCGUGUGUAAACAGGCAGGAUUAGAAUUAGAAGCACGUUUCAUUGUUUAGUGGCGGGCACAUUCAUAUUCACGUGUCAUGUUAACAACGAGUUACUUGUUUUUCUGUAGUUAUUUGGUUUCCUCCGCUCACAAAGUGGAGGUUUGCCCGAAAUUUGGCGGAUAUGUGUUAUUUUGACAACCCAACUGAAAAAAAGCAUUAACUAAUCUAGAUGAACAAAACAUGCUUAUAGAGAAGUCUUGGGCUUGAGUCCAGAUGGACCAAACUCAAUCCCAACAAAUCGUUUUACUCUAGGGAUUCUACUUGGCUUUCCAUACACGUAGGGCUGCAAAUGAGUCAAAUUAUUCACGAGUGGCUCAACGUUCGAUUCGAAAAAAUCUUGUUUCGAGAC